AUGGGUCCCUUGAUUGAUAAGAAUCCCCUCUGUCUUUAUGCAACCGAAUCUAGCAAGGCCUGGAGCAGGUAUAUUAAAGACGCAUCAGUGCUCUUUGCAUACGUUAUGUUCAUGGGCGAAACGGUCGUUGGCAAGUUCGGCAACAAGGCAACAGGGCGCAUAAUCCUUGCGCACCCCAUUGUGCAGGUUGCAGAGAUGGUAGGAUAUCAACUACGGCCUAUUGUUAUUACGAGCAAGUGGCAGGCACGUUUCGGCAAGGAGCUGGCCGCUCCGGCUCGCUGGAGAAAAGUCAACCCGAACUCGACUGCUGCGAUUAGGGCUGCGAAGCAGAUCUAG